CCAUAUUCAUCGACUCGACUCGACCCGACCCGACCCGGUUUCCCCAUCUCAGGAUGGUGGUUUGGAUACAACGAAAACGAAAACCCUUCUCCAUUUCCAAUUGCUCCUCCUCCUCAAUCCAUGAAUCCGUGAUUGAUUCUUCUGCAACAAAGGGUUAUUCUUCAUGAAUGGGCUCUUUCGCCGCGCCGCCGCCGCACGAUUCCCUUUCACAAUGAUCCGAUCAGCGGCCACAGCCACGCCGCCGCCAUUGCUGUCCGCGUGCCAGUCUUCGCUGUUUCUCAUUUCUUCAUUAAUCAAGCACUUCCCCUAUUCUGUCGCAUCGGAGACCGUUCCUCCAUUGGAUCUCCCGGCGGCCGACGUUUCCUCUCAGCUUUUCUCGCUUUUGUCCGAACCGAAUUGGCAGAAGCACCCUUCCUUGAGGAAAUUGAUCCCGGCCAUAUCUCCGUCUCUAUUCUCCUCAUUCCUCGCUCAGCAUCCCCAUCUCAAUCCACAAAUUGCCCUCAAUUUCUUCAAUUUUCUCUCCCUGAUACCCACAUUCAAACCCAACGUCCAAGCCCAUGCUUCUCUGUUGCGAAUUUUGGUUAGGAACAAAUCAUUUCGGAACGCGGAGAAAAUUAGGGUAUUAAUGGUGAAGUCAUGCGAGACUGAGGAUGACGCGAGCUUAGCAUUGGCUAUUGUGCGAGGGCUAAACCGCGGCGAUGAUGCUGAUUUAAGGUUUAGACUCAGCCUUAGGUCUUAUAACAUGCUUUUGAUGUCACUGGCACGAUUUGUGAUGAUCAGUGACAUGAAAUCUGUUUACAGGGAGAUGCUGGAUGAUAAGGUUUCCCCCAAUAUAUACACAUUUAAUACCAUGAUUAAUGCUUAUUGUAAACUGGGUAGUGUGGCUGAGGCCGAGUAUUAUUUGAGUAUGAUUUUGCAGGCACGUUUGAAGCCGGACACACAUACUUAUACUUCAUUUGUUUUAGGACAUUGUAGGAGAAAUGAUGUCGAUAGUGCAGUGAAAGUUUUCUUGAGUAUGCAGCAAAGGGGUUGUAGGAGGAAUGAGGUUACUUAUAAUAACUUGAUGCACGGCCUGUGUGAAGCCGGAAAGGUGGAUGAGGCGAUGGGUUAUUUUUCACUAAUGGGAGAAGAUAAUUGCAUACCUAAUGUUAGAACCUACACGAUUCUAAUUGACGCUUUGUGCAGCUCUGGUAGGAGGUUGGAGGCUUUGAGCUUGUUUGAGGAGAUGAAGGUGAAGGGUUGCGAGCCUAAUAAUCACACUUACACUGUGAUUAUUGAUAGUUCGUGUAAAGCCAGUAUGCUUGAUGAAGCGAAGGAAAUGCUGUUUGCAAUGAUAGAUCGUGGGAUGGAUCCUACGGUAGUUACCUAUAAUGCUUUGAUUAAUGGGUAUUGCUUGAAGGGUAUGGUUGAUGCUGCUUUAGACGUGUUUGACAUGAUGAAGACGAAAAAAUGCAAUCCAAAUGAGCGUACUUAUAAUGAGUUAAUAUCUGGGUUUUGUGUGUCGAGAAAAGUGCACAAGGCAAUGGCUCUUCUCGAUAAGAUGCUUGAGCAGAAGCUUUCUCCAGAUAUUGUCACUUUUAACCUUUUAGUGUAUGGACAAUGUGUUGAAGGGGAUACAGACAAUGCUCUUCGUGUCAUCAAGUUAAUGGAGAAGAGCCAUGUCGUUCCUGAUCAGUUAACAUAUGGGCCUAUCAUAAAUACAUUAUGUGAAAAGGGUAGCAUUGACAAGGCACAUGAUUUAGUUGAAUCUCUCAAAGAGAAGGGCGUAAAGGUAAAUGAGAUUAUCUAUACGACACUGAUUGAUGGAUAUUGUAAUGUGGACAAAAUUGACUCUGCCCUAGCAUUGUUUGAAAGAAUGCCUGCAGAAGGGUGCCUUCCAAAUUCAUACACUUACGACGUGCUAAUUAAGGGAUUUUGCAAAGUGCGAAAAGUACCUGAGGCUUUAAAACUUAUUGAGAGAAUGGUUGAGGAUGGAGUGAAACCAACAGUUGUUUCUUACUCCAUGCUCAUUGACCAUAUGUUAAAAGAGUUUGACUUUGAUGGUGCUAAUAGGGUUUUGAAUGAUAUGAUCACUCAGGGACAUAGCCCUGAUGUAUGCACGUACACUUCAUUCCUUCUUGCUUAUUUCAACUGUGGAAUGUUGAAGAAGGUGGAGGACGUGAUGGCUAAGAUCAAACAGGGUGGGCUCCAACCAGAUAUGAUUGCUCACACAGUUCUAAUUGAUGGAUACGGGCGUUUGGGAUUUUUAGAUAUGGCUUUCGAUGCAUUCAAGUCUAUGGUUGAUGCUGGGCAGGAGCCAUCUUCUUAUACCUAUUCAGUCUUAGUAAAGCAUCUGUCACAGAAGAAACUAAUCAGUGGAGAUGCAGGGCAUGAGGAGCACAGUAAUGGCUCCAUUAAUAUUGGCGAUGUCUGGAAAAUUAUGGAAUAUGAUACAGCAGUUGAGCUCUUUCGAAAAAUGGAAGAGCACGGGUGCCCACCUAGUGUAAAAACUUAUGCUGCACUCAUUACUGGACUCUGCAGAGAAGGGCGUCUGGAAGAAUCCUGGAAGUUGGUGGAUCAUAUGAAACAACAUGGGAAGUUUCCUGAUGAAGAAACAUAUAACAAACUAGUAAUUUGUUGCUGUAACAAGAAAUUGUAUGAGAAAGGGAUGAAUUUACUCGAUGCCAUGCUCAAACUUGGAUUUGUACCUGAAAUAAAAUGUUACAAGCAGCUUGUUUGUGGGUUGUACAUCACAGGGAAUGAUGAGAAGGCUAAGACAACCUUCUUUAGGCUACUUCACUCUGGUUACAAUUAUGAUGAAGUUGCUUGGAAAGUUUUAAUCGAUGGCUUGCUGAAACGGGGCUUAGUUACUCAGUGCUCUGAGCUGGUCAGUCUCAUGGAAAAAGAUGGUUGCACAGUUUCUUCUCAAACUCAUGUGAUGUUAGUACAGGGGAUUCUUGAUGAAAGUCAUGGCACAUAGAGCUGAUGGAACUGCAUGUGAGUGUGUGGCUUUUGCUCUGAGUUCGGACCAAGUCUAGGGCUUUGGGUUGCCCGAACAGAUGUCUCUGCCUUUUAUCACUUUUGUAUGCUGGUUCUGUAGAUCUGCUGCUACCCUUUGCCAUAAUGCUGUUGAUGACUUUUAGUUAUCGGUCAAAAAGGGUCAGGACAGAGACCAGAGUACAUCCUAAUCAAAUGUGAGUCAGGGGAGAACAUAAAUAUCGGCACAGCUUAUUGUGCCAUCCCUCCUUGCUGAUAAAGAGAUUUGUAUUCGCUUCUAUAUUCUUGAUCAAACACGGAAGCAAUGCCAUAAGAAGAGUGCUAAGGUGGAAAAACAAGCAACAGCAGUUGACGCAUUUCAGUUUUGGACCUUCCAUUGAAGAUGAAGGUGCACGCAGUAGUGGCUUGUUGAUUAUUUGGCUGCAGUUUGGCAACUUCAGGUCAUUUUUUGCUGCAAUUGCCACCAUCUUUAGAUUUCCGGGAAGCAGAAAGCCUUGAAUUAUGCAGUUUGAUAGCUCAUCAUAUGGUAAUCGAUUUCUUUGUACACGGUCUAUACUAAAUUGGUAGAUGAUGAUGACGACGACGAUGAUGAUAGAUACACACACAAGUGGAUUAACUUAUAUGAAAAUCUUACAAAAUUCAUUUCCAUUGCAUGUAACAACAUAUCAUUGAUAUUUGUGACGGUUGCCUGCGACAAACUUCAGAAUAAUUGCAUCAAGUAUGCAAACAUGAGCUGAAGUGUAAAUUUACACUUAAGUAGGUGUUCUUGUUUGGUAUAAAGGAGUCGUAUUUUGAA